UCAAGCAGAAUGGAUUCUCCUUCCCCACCUCACCUUCUUGUCUUCCCUUUCAUGGCUAAAGGCCACAUCACCCCACUCCUCCACAUCGCCGACUUAUUCCGCCGCCGCGGCGCCGCCGUCACCCUCCUCACCGCCCCCGCCAACCGCCCCUUCAUCGCCAGCUGUCUCUCCCACCCCGCCGCCAUCUCCAUUGUCGACAUUCCCUUCCCAACCAACAUCCCCGGCAUACCUCCCGGCAUUGAGAGCACCGACCAGCUCCCCGACAUAUCCCUUUGGCUAGAACUCGUCGAAGCCACAAAGCUAAUGCAGCCGCACUUCGAACAGAUCCUACAAUCCCUGCAUCCGCGCCUCACUUUGAUGAUCACCGAUUUCUUCCUCGGCUGGACCCUCGACUCGGCUAACAAAUUCAGCGUCCCCCGGCUAGCUAAUUAUCCCAUGGGAUCCCUCCCGUUGUGCGUAUCUAGAUUGGUGCCUCAGGGGCGAUUCAAUGUCGAGGGAGAGAAGAUCAAGCUUCACGAUCUGCCAUGGAUCGACUUGAAGAAGGGAGAUAUUUCGGCGGUCUUCAUCGAUCCGGAAGGAACCAAGGGAACCAAAUAUCACGACCUCACGUACGAGCACAGCAAUUCCACGAUGAACAGCUACGGCGUCGUGGCCAACACCUUCUACGAGAUGGAAUCGGAGAUCGUCGAUUUGUGGAACUCCAAAAUCGGUCCACCGCUGUGGUGCCUCGGCCCCGCCGGAGCUCCGACGGCGCGUGAACCGAGUCAGGCAAAUCGUCGAACACCUUGGUGGAUAUCCUGGCUGGACCAGAUGGCGGCGGAAGGGAAGCCGGUUCUGUACGCGGCGUUCGGGACUCAGGUGGAGAUCUCCGCCGCGCAGUUCCGGGAGGUCCAGGCGGGCCUGGAGGAAUCCGGUGAGAAUUUCUUGUGGGUAGUGAGGAAGAACGGGUCGGAUUUAGAAUUAGGGUUUGAGGAGCGGGUGAGAGGGAGAGGAAUUGUGGUGAAGGAGUGGGUAGAUCAGCGGGAGGUCCUGGACCACGGGACGGUACAGGGAUUUCUGAGCCACUGCGGGUGGAGCUCUUUAAUGGAGAGUGUGUGCGCGAAGGUGCCGGUGGCGGCGUGGCCGAUGAUGUGGGAGCAGCCGCUGAACGCGGCGGCGGCGGAGAUGGCGGGCGUGGCGGUGAGGAUUGAGGAGCGCGAUGGGUUCGUGACGAGGGAGGCGCUGGCGAGGGCGGUGAAGGAUUUGAUGGAGGGAGAUGCUGGGGAGAAGGUGAGGAAGAAGGUGGAGGAGGUCGGCGGCGCCGCCGUGAGAGCGGUGGAAGAAGGCGGCUCUUCCUGGAAUGCGGUGGGUCGGCUCCUUAGCCAACUGGCUUGAAGGACUUUUGUGUAAUUUAUCAUUUUCUUAAUCGGCCCAUAACUGUUGGACACUUUUCAUUCUAAUCUAUUCAUAAGAAUUAGACAUGUUUCUAACAAAUGUGUUUUCGGUAGGUGUACUCGAUUUAAUUUUUACUUUAUAAUUAUUGUACAAAUCUAAAAAUUAAAAUCUACCUCUAUUAAUCUACAGGGUAGGUUAAACCGUACUCUUUAUUUUUCUCG